AUGCUGAGUGUGACUGUGCUGCACAUCUGCCUGUCUGCACAGGGCAGACCGGUUCGACUUCCUUUUCUGAGACACUGCUGCAAGCAGGCCAAGAGAGCUACAUCUUCACCAAAGCUUCAUCAAACAAAGAUGGAAAAAGGUUGGCUCUUCUCCCUCCUCUGCUUGUUCUUGGUGCCCAGCGUUACAGGCCUGCAUGAAGAUGUCACUACGCAAAGAGAAGAGGUCCAUGCUUUGCCAGGUGCUGACGUGACCCUGGUGUGCACCUUCCCAAAACCACACACCACCUACAUAAUACAAACACAGUGGUCCAAGAUCGAUGACAACCAGCUGACCAGAAUAGCUGUUUAUCACCCCGUUUUUGGCACCCAUUACUUCAGCUUUCCUGAGGCUUCUUACAACUUUUCGGUGUCCUUCAGCACGAGGAAGUGCUGUGGCUGGAAUGUUACAGAGGCUUUGUGUUCCUCCAAUCCAAGCACCAUGUCUGAAUGCAGUCAGUGGGCUCUGCAGCUGAAAAAUGUUACCAUUUCCCUCAGCGGGCAAUACGAGUGCAGUUUUGCUACUUACCCAUAUGGGACAAAGGCUGCAAAAAUUCAACUUAUUGUCAAACAAGACGAGGAGCAGCACUACAUGAAGGAAGUACAGCUAAACCAGACUUUAGAAAUUCCAUGCAUUGAGGACACCGCUUCAGAAAAUUUGUCCAAUUAUCCUUUGAAAUGGCUAGUGGAGGAAAAUGGCAGGACAGAGGAACUUGUGACCAAGGAGCCCUCCUGUCCUGCAGUAUACAGGAAUGGCAGUGUGCUGUAUGGGCAAAGAGUCCACCUGGGUUUGAAAAACACUCUAGUGAUUUUCCCCACCAAAAUCACUGAUGAUGGCAGGGUGUUUUCCUGCCAUGUGGUGUACCACUCAGAGAGAGUCCAGAAGAGCAGAACCACCGUGAGAGUAUUUGCCUACCCUGAGAUCUCUGUUAGCUUGCAGGAGGGCUCAGCUGGCACCACACAGAAGCAUAACGUGAGCUGUGUCGUGAGGAAGGCAUUUCCCAAGCCAAGCCUUGUGUGGUAUGUGGAUGGAGUGAGCCUGAUGGAGCAGCCUGGAGAAAUUUCUGUUGAACAAGAUGACUUGCAAGACAGUGAAGGUUUCUAUCAGCUGAGAUCAAUGCUAAUGCUUCAAGGGACCCACCAGAAACAUAAGACGUUCUCCUGUGUGUGUCUGUUUUCCUUCCUUGGGAAUGAAACGUGGAAUAUUUCAUCAGAAAUACUUGUUUCCUUUGACCUUGGAAAUUCAUCACUUCCAUCAACUGUCAUGACUACCUCAGAGCACCAGUCAACAUUUUUGUCCUCUCUGGAUUUCACAAGAAAAGAAAGCUGGCCUCCUGCUUCCACGACACAAGGAGUGCUGAUUUCUACUGCAGAGACAAAAAGCUCUACCAGCACCACAGCGUUCAAUGAGAAUUUGACAACAGCAGAUUUGAAUGAUUCCACCAGCAAAUCCCCACAAAGCCUCAGGAACGCCACGCACUCCUCUGAGAAUACAACCUUGGCCCAUCGUAACCUAUCUUUCAGCAUCACAGACCAGCCAAUAUCUGUUACCAGAGGGAAAUAUUUCCUUACUACCAGCAGUCUGCUCAAUAGGACUGGUGGUGCGAGGGACGCAGAAGGACGUCGCUUCCCCUGGCCAACAGUGGUAGCCGUCCUGCUCCUCUUCUGCAGCUUCCUAAUAGCUUUAGGUGUCAGGAAAUGGUGUCAGUACCAGAAAGAGAUUAUGAACAGACCUCCACCAUUCAAGCCACCACCACCUCCAAUAAAGUACACCUCCAUGGUGGAGUCUGAUGGGACUCCCCCAUCCUGCCAUGAACUGGAAAACCUAUAA